AUGCAUCUUCCAACUCCACUGAUGCGCGUUAAUACCCCUUUUCACUUCACGACAGCACGCGUUCUGAAAUUUCAACUUCUCCAAACGCUCAAACCCUCUCAAUUUCACAGCAUUACUCCCCUCAUGGCUCGUCCCAAGCGUGCAGCAUCCAACCAGGACAGCAAUGACGUCUCCGAAGAUUCCCACGAAACCAAAAGAAGUCGCCCAGAUCUAAGCCAACCGCAUCCCAACGCGAACCAGACUGAAGACUUCGGAAUCGUCUUGCGCGACUUCUAUCCUCCAGAAAUGAGCAAUGCUCGAUGCAAGGCGUACAUCGAUGGCGAAAUUGAACGGCCAAUUGAAACAUUGGAGAAAGCCUGUCGCAAUACAGCAGACAAGCGUCGUUCAGUUUCAGCGGGAAAAGUGGUGGUUCAUUGGUUCAAGACUGACUUGCGCACUAAUGACAAUCGGGCCUUGCACAAGGCCUCAGAGCUUGCUCAGCAGCACAAGAUCCCCUUGAUCUGCCUCUACAUUCUUUCGCCAGAGGAUCUAACAGCCCAUUUAAUCAGCCCUGCUCGGGUCGAUUUUGCACUCCGAACAUUGGAGCAGCUGCAGCAAGACCUGGGAAAGCUUGAUAUCCCACUAUACGUGGAGACCCAACAUAAGCGAAAGAACAUCCCAAGCCGAGUUAUUGAAUUAUGCCAGCAAUGGGAAGCCAAGAAUCUGCAUGCGAAUAUUGAAUAUGAGGUGGAUGAACUGCGCCAGGAUGCCAAGCUGGUUGAAUUGUGCGCUGAGAAUGACAUCAGUUUUGAACUUGAUCAUGACACAUGUGUUGUCACUCCAGGCGCCUUCAGUACCAAAACAGGCGGACAAUAUGCCGUAUACACACCUUGGUUCCGCUCUUGGAUAGCUUUCCUGAAAGAAAACCCAGACUACCUAGAGCUAUCUGACAAUCCUGGUUCAAACCCCAGCAAUACCCGGGAGACACUGAAAGAUCUCUUCGAUUGCAAGAUUCCGAGCGCGCCAAAAAACAAACAGCUCUCGAAAAAUGAGAAGACGCUAUUUAAGAAGCUUUACCCCGCAGGCGAACACGAGGCCCUCCAACGAUUAGAUGCUUUUUUGAAGGAAAAGGGUCAGGAGUACGAAGCCACUCGCAACAUCAUGGCGAAGCAUAAUACGUCUAUUCUCAGUCCAUAUUUUGCGUCGGGCGUCCUGAGUGCUCGUACCGCUGUUUCCAAGGCGAAGAGGGUCAACAAUGACCACCUGGAUAAGCAUUUCCUGGGUCUCAUGACCUGGAUUAGUGAAGUCGCCUGGCGUGAUUUCUACAGGCAUGUGCUUACACACUGGCCAUUCAUCGGUAUGAACAAGUGCUUUAAACCCGAGCAUACAAACAUUGAAUGGGAAUACGAUACAGAUCAGUUCCAAGCUUGGUGCGAUGGCAAAACAGGCUACCCCGUUGUCGAUGCCGCGAUGCGACAGCUCCGCGAGACAGCAUGGAUGCAUAAUCGUGUUCGCAUGGUGGUGUCAUCUUUCCUGUCCAAAGAUAUGCUGAUCGACUGGCGCCGUGGAGAGCGAUUCUUCAUGGAAAGCCUCAUCGACGGUGACUUUGCUUCCAAUCACGGCGGAUGGGGCUUUGGGUCAUCAACUGGCGUGGAUCCGCAGCCGUAUUUCCGUGUCUUCAACCCCACACGCCAGAGCGAGCGAUUUGACCCCGACGGUGAAUACAUCCGACGCUGGGUACCUGAGUUGCGCGACAUCAAAAGUUCUGCAAUUCAUGAGCCCUAUGCGCGUGGUGCUGGGCCUGUAGCGGAAAAGAAUGGCUAUCCUCGGCCCAUUGUGGAGCAUUCAGCCGGUAGAACUAAAGCGCUGGAACGUUUUAAAGCCGCGCUUCAAAAGGCGCCCAAUAAGGAGUCGAAAAAAUAG